GCAGCUCCUCUCUCUCCUGCAGCUCCUCAGUCCAUCGCUGCUGCUGCCUCCUCCACCAGCUCUUCCACCAGCUCCUCCACCAGCUCCUCCAGCAGCUCCUCCACCAGCUCCUCCAGCAGCUCCUCCACCAGCUCCUCCAGCAGCUGCGCGCUCCUCGGACAUGGACGCGUCCCGACUUUGACUCCUUCUCCUGCAGCGAAGUGUGCACAGCUCCGGCGGCCGCGGACGCAUGGGGAUCUAACCCCGGGCUUGCAGUCGGUCAGCUCCGCGGAAGGCUCGUGGUUUGGCCCCUCGUCGUUCUCUGGUCUCCACUCAUGCGUCGGGAAUGCCAUGGCCACUCCGAGCGCACAGCAGCAGCAGGAUUACUUCAGAUCCGUGAGCAGCGAGUCCACCACCUACAUGAUGGUGCCGGCCGCCGGGCCGAGGGGGCCGGUGGGGCGCAAGGAGGCGCCGUCCAAGAUGUGGGUGGCCAUGGUGGUGAUCGUGGUGGUGGUGCUGCAGAUCGCCUCCACCACCGGGCUCUUUGUCUACCUGAACAUGUCCAUCUCGCAGGUGCGUAGCCAGGGCGUCACGGAGGAGCUGAAGUGCCUGAGUCUGCUCAACGCUCUGGACAAGGACCAGGACAUCCCGGACCAGCUGGCCCAGCUCUUUGGAGAGCCCUGCAUCAAACUGGCCGAGGGCAUCAAGGCGUACAUCUCCAAGGUGACGGAGAACAUCAUCUCCAAGCAGACCUUCAUAGAGGCGAGAACGAUGCCUCGCACCUUCAACAACUCGGGGACAAAGUUCAUGACCUCGGUGGCCCAGAGGCCGUCGGCCCACUUGACCCUCAGGGACACCAGCUCCCAAGCCGGGUUCCCUCCGUUACAGAUCCCCACGGCCGGGCUCCACCAAUCCUGUCGCCACGUCGUCCGCUCCUGGGCCAAUCAGAGCUUCGGCGCUCACCUGCACAACAUGACCCUGACCAAUGGGAAGCUGCGAGUGCCUCAGGAUGGGCGGUACUACCUUUACUCCCAGGUGUAUUUCCGUUACCCGUCCCCAGCAGCCGGGGACGGGGACCAGCGCAGCGUCAGCCACCAGCUGGUCCAGUGCGUCUACAAGAAGACGUCCUACCCGAGCCCCAUCCAGCUGCUGAAGGGGGUCGGGACCAAGUGCUGGGCUCCGGACGCCGAGUACGCCCUGCACUCCGUCUACCAGGGGGGGCUGUUCGAGCUGCGGGCCGGGGACGAGCUCUUCGUCUCCGUGUCCUCGCCCACGAUGGUCAACGCCGACGACUCCUCCAGCUACUUCGGCGCCUUCCGCCUGGACCUCUGAGAGGAAGGGAGAGAACGAGCAGAAGAGAGGACGGGUGGAUCAACACGAUGUGCUGGAGGCCGUUUGAACAAUCCGCUGAUUGGAAAUAAAAGACACAAGUUGCGUGGAUCUGGAUCUACGAUGUUUGCAUCAACAGAUUUCGAUGAAGGACGGAAGGAUUGGUGUUUGACGAAGAGGAGGGGGCGACCCGACGGCCGAGAGCAAGACAUAAAUAAACACAUUGAUUUACUGUGGGUUUUUCAGGAGGGCAGUUUCCCUGUGGGAGUCAAAAAAGUGACAAACAUCCAAUUUUCUGCAUUUGAUGACA